CGAAUGAGAAGGCGGAGUCUGUUCCACGAAUUCUCCCUCUCGUCUCGUUUGUCAUCAUCCUCAUCAACUUCCUUCGGCUCCUUCCGAUCUCGUCAUUCCUUCCCUCACUUAUGCUGUGCAUGCGCUCGCGAGGCAGUGAUUGCUCAUCAGUGACCGAUGAAGGGGAACGAAGAAAAUCAAUGGCUGCCGAUCGGACGGGUCGUCCCGGAUCAGCGGGCCAAGUUCGAGUCCGACGAUCUCAUCAGGAAACUCAGCCGGGAAUCCGAAGUCAGAUACACGGGGUACCGAGACAGGCCGGUCGCCGAGCGUCGCUCUCGCUUCGAAACGGGGUGCAAGGAUGGCCACACGGAAAUUGGCCUCGCGGGCCACUUUUUGCCCGCGGGCCGCGGGUUGAGCACCACUGAUCUAGACGGAAUCCGAAUGAGAUCUCUCUUUUCCUUGUCAGUCAGAGGGAGCGUGUCCGAGUCUGCAUUCUCUGCUAUCCGGGGCCACGAGGCAGAGGAGGUCUACCUGGGGUCUGGCAUCAAUUUUCACCUGGUUUUCCCUCCUAUUUCGUGUCGAGGCCUUCAAGGGAGGCCGGCUGAUUUCGACAGCGACCCAGGAAAGGUUCAUUUGACGUCACAGUUCAUACUGAACGGAGUCUGCGUGAGAUGGAGAGGCUGGAUCGACAUCGAUCGGCUGGAAGGAUUGGGCGCCAUCGAAUUCGACGAAUCCUCAGCUCAACUCGAGGAGGCGGCGCUGCUCCAGCAGAGGAAUCGAUUCGUCCCUCGAUUCCGAGAGUUCCCGCCUUCGCUGUUCCAUUCGCAUCACUCGGGAUGACACUAGGCGAAAUGGGGGGAGAAAGAUGCAAGGACACGAACGCUUCUCGCGUAUUCUCUGUGAUAAUCACUUCUACGUAGUGUCGAUGCUAUAGCCAAU